CUUACAAAAUAGUUACCAAUUCUGUCCCCCCUCCUGCGCUUUUUCUUUCGCACCUCUAUCUCUCUCGAAGACCUUCCAAGCUCAAGGCAGGCCCCGAAGUAAUGGACGAACAAUUCAUACUCAGAGUUCCACCUUCUGUUGCAGAGCGAUUAGACCGCCUUUUGAGUGAAAGUGAAAAUGCUUCAUCUUCUGACGACAAGUCAUUGGAUUUGUCCUUUUCUGAGGAUGGGAAGAGUGGCACGUUUGUCAUUGGCAAUGAUCAUUUCCCUGCAUCACUGUUGGAUCUUCCUUGUGUUGUAGAAUCAUAUAAAACAUAUGAUGACAGUGUCUUGAUCAAGACUGCAGAUGUUGGUCAGAUGAUUAUGGUUAGAGAAGCAGGUGAUGCUGCUCCAGAUGUGGUGGAGUACAGACAUGGUCUCACCCCUCCUAUGAGAGAUGCUCGAAAGCGGAGAUUUCGCAGGGAGCCAGAUCUAAAUCCUGAGCUUGUACAGCGUGUCCUGAAAGAUUUAGUGAAGAUCCAUGCUGGUGCAGCGGCGGAGAAUGUUGAUGCUGAAGCUGCUGAGCAAGAGGAAGAUGUAGAUGGAAGUGUCCGAAAUGCAAGUAAAAAACCUGUACCUGCGCCUGUUGUUAAGGCAGAUGCCCCAGAGGUUGGAACAAAUGCUGGGGAGCCUGACAGAAGCGACUCUGAUGAAUCUGAUGACUCAAUUUGAAGAGCAUGUAUUGCUGUUAGUUUAAUUUUUUUGUUUUUGUUUUUGUUUUGUUUUGUUUUUUUUUUUUUUUUGUAUCUUGUCUUGUUUUGUAAUUCAACACACGAAUUAAUUUGGUUAUGUUAGGUUAUUAGCUAUAUGGUGUGCAUUGUGAAGAAUUUCCACAAAAGGUGGUAAGGUGAUGUCUUGAGCAAGCAUAUUUUUCUUGAGAAA